UGCCAUGCGCAGAUUAAUGCUGCUCGUAAACGGCUGCGAGGUGGCAUUCGUGCUAUAUCACCGCAGCGUUCGCGCCCGCAAGUCCGUAAAUGAAGUCCGUAGCAGUCGUUGCCGCCGUAGCCACCGCGUUCGGCUCCCUCGUGGUCGCCGAGGAGUGCGCGUCCACCACGCUGAGCUUCGCGCUGCUGCCGCUGGAAUCCCAGUCAGGUUUCUGCGCCGCCGACUCGGGGUACAAGCUGUACCCGUUCACCGGCAUGCCCUCGAUCGACCAAAUGAAGGCCAUGUGCAAGAGUAAAGCCUGCAACAAGCUGCUCGACGAGGCCAGGGACUCCGAGAUGCCCGACUGCGACUUGACUUUCAACGGCACCGCGUACAACAUCCACGAGAGCAUCGAGCUCAUGUUCGCAGGCUGCGAGGUUAUCGACCUUAACAAGGUCGCAUCCUAGAAUUGCUAUCACCCUGUACCUACUGGCUUGCCAAUACAAAGUUUCCGCUAAGCUACAC